AUGGAGGGCUCCGGGGGAGAAGCUCCACCUUCGCAGAGCUUCCCUCACAACUUUUCAUCUUCUUCCGCCCUGGAGAGCUCCUCCUCCCAGGUCGCCCCUUCUGCUGUAACCGGCCAUCUUCUCCAAUAUCUUCUUGCCACCCCGCAAGGCGGUGUUGACUGGGCUUCUCUUCUCUUCUCACUGCCUAAAGCGCUGGGAGAACAGCCAGAACGGGAUGCGCUGCAGCCGGAGACGCCGGCGGGGAGAACCGAAGGGAAUGCCAGGAAGGGGAAGGGGGCCGGGAGUGGAAAGAAACCCCCCAGACCAAGGUUUGCCUUCCAGACGAAGAGCGCCGUUGACCUACUCGACGACGGCUAUCGGUGGAGGAAGUACGGACAGAAGGCUGUCAAGAAUAGUGCACAUCCCAGGUAUAGUCGACCCCAUGAAUUGGGUCUUCACCGAGAACUAAGCUCUUCUUCUUCUUCUACUUCUUCUACUACUUCUUCUUCUUCUUCUUCUUCUUCUUCUUCUUCUUCUUCUUCUUCUUCUUCUUCUUCUUCUUCUUCUUCUUCUUCUUCUUCUUCUUCUUCUUCUUCUUCUUCUUCUUCUUCUUCUUCUUCUUCUUCUUCUUCUUCUGGGUGGUACCAAAUGGACGGAGAGACGAGAGACCUGUGGGCAAGUGGAGAGCUCGUGACUAUCUAUUGGUGGAUUGAGAGCCCUAGCAGCAGGAAUUAGAUCGGGGGUUUGGACUAGCGGUUUUCGAUCAGGAUCAGGCUUAAAAUUAGAUAUGAUCCAUCAAAUUGGUCGCUACGUCCUUUUAAUUAUUGUCAAUCAGGUCUACAAAAUCGGAUCUAUUGACGCCGCGUCUCUAUGUAUACCAGUAGGUUCGGAUUAGAAAACCUCAUCUGUGUUUAGUUUACCUUAAAUCGUUGGCAUGAUGAUUAUUCGAUGGUAUAGAGCAAUCCUAUGAGCAUGGUCAAUGUAAAUCGCUCUCAUAUGUUAUUAUCUCUCCCAGUCUAUAUCUUCAGCUGCAUAGGGUUCUCUCUUUCUCUCUCGCUAGUCAAGAUUUUUUAUAAGUACUUGAUUAUUCUGUCAUGGUGAGGGUCCAAAUUAGAUUUUCAUUCAAUCAUUAUGCAUCAAAUAACAAUGUUAAAGAGAGGAAGAGAAUGAUGUACGUCUCCACAAGAUUUUUCCAUCUCUUAAUCUGUCCCACGUAUAUCUUCCAUGUAGUUUUGUUUCUUUCUGAAAAGGAUUUUCUCUCUCUCUCUCGACCAGUAUUUCUUUCAUGUCGUAGGUCUCCAAGCUAUCGUUCCAAAAGGUACAAGAACUACUUAGAAAUAGAGAGAGAUGGACAUAUACCUCCGAAUUUUCCCCAUCUGUCCCCUAUAUAUGCAUAAACAUGAAUCCACGUAUUUAUAGUUUAUUUUAUAAGAAAGAAGAGCAAAGCCUACUGAGAAGGGUUCUCUCUCCCUCUCUCUCUCUCUCUCUCUCUCUCCCCCCCCUCCCCCCCAUUUAUAUGGCUAAGAUAAUCUCCCACGAUCUGUCGACAGUCGGAACUCACGUUUGUGUCGGUUUUUAUGCUUGUAUGCCGCGGUUUGGGGGAUAAGAAGCUACUUCCGCUGCACCCAUCACACGUGCGAAGUGAAGAAACAGGUCCAGCGCCUGUCCACGGACGCGAGCAUCGUCGUCACCACGUACGAGGGGAUCCACAACCACCCGUGCGAGAAGCUCAUGGAGGUGCUGAGCCCCCUCAUUAAGCAGAUUCAGUUCCUAUCCCGACAUCAAUUCUGA